AUGUUGCCUCUUCGUCUUCGAAAAGCUGAAGGGAAUUGUCAACAACGAAAAGUCCGCUUCACUUGCAAUAAAAGGGGCAGAGAUGCUCCAAAAAUCAUGAUAGCGUUAACAAGAUUGUUAUGA